GGGUCCCUGUCCGGGGCAGGGGUUGGAGCUGGAGGAGCUUUAAGGUCCCUUCAGCCCAACCCCUUCUAUGAUCCCUCUGGUUGGUUCAUUUCCAGGCCCAUCAAGAUGCUGCAGGUGCCGCUGCCCCUGGACCGCGAUGGGAUCCUCUUCCGGCUCCGCUUCACCACGCUGGCUCUGGCGACUGUGUUCUGCCCCCUCUUUGGGUUCCUGUUCUGUGUCAUCUGGUCUCUGCUCUUCCAUUUUCGGGAGACGACAGCGACUCACUGCGGGGUCCCCAACUACCUGCCCUCCAUCAGCGCGGCCAUCGGAGGCGAGACCCCGCAGCGCUACGUCUGGCGCCUCUGCAUCGGCCUGCACUCGGCCCCCCGCUUCCUGGUGGCCAUCGCCUACUGGAACCACUACCAGAGCUGCCACUGCUCCCACCCGCGCUACCUGCGCCUCUGCCACUGCAACCUGCUGCUGAACCUGCUCGAGAACUUUGCCCUCCUCAUCCUCACCUACGUGUCCUCCUCUGAGAACUAUGCAAUCCAUGAAAACGCCUUCAUCGUGUUCAUCACCUCAGCUCUGGGCCACAUGCUGCUGACCUGCAUCCUCUGGAGGAUGACGAAGAAGCACACAGUAAGUCCCGAGGAGCGCAAGUCCUACAAGUGGAAGCAACUUCUCUUCUUCUUCACCUUCAUCACGUUUGCAUUUGCUGUGUGUGUCUACUUCCACCACAACUGGUACUGCGGCCCCGGAGUGUACACCAUCUUCGCCUUCCUGGAGUACCUGGUUGUGCUCUCCAACAUGGCCUUCCACAUGACUGCCUUCUGGGACUUCGGCAACAAGGAGCUGGUGGUGAGCUCGCUGCUGGAGGACAAGCACUUCUAGCAGGCUGGGGGGGCAGAGCCCCUUCCUUCUGUUGUCCCCAGGCUGGGGCCAGGAUGUUUGCUGUGGAGCUGCCACAAGGAUUGUUCCGGGGUCCUGGGCCCCACAAGUGUCUGCACAUGGUCCCUGGCUGCGCCUGGGGCAGAGCUGGGGACUCUUGCUGGGGACCCCCGAGGUGAUACCCCCUGUCCUGGCUCCCUGCUGGCUACUGGGAUGGGCAGGAGGAUGGAGGUGGGAACCUGCUCCCUGCUUCUUUGGAGGGUGCCGUGGGCAGAGCGGGAUUCUGCUCCCAGGGACACGGGGACCAGCCUGGCCCUGCCUUGGCUGCGUGGCCUCGGUUCCUCCUCCAGCCUUGGGCAAGCUCCUCAAAAGGAGCUGGUGACUUUUCGGACCUCGAAGCUUAAGGCAGCCUCGGGAGAAGGACUUGGUGCCCCUGCACCUCCGGCUGCAGCCUCCGAAUGGGGCAGUGCACAGCCUUGACCUGUUGGGAAGCUGUUGUGCAGGGCUGGGACAGAGCUGGCCCCAUGCUGGGGCUGGGCCCGGGCCCAGCUUCUUCCCAAGCCUGGGGUGAGCACAGGAUCCAUGCUGGGCACUGCUCUCCAUCCCCAUGCUGGUGGUGCUGGGAGGAGGGUGCUGGCCCAUGCACAGACUGCACAGGGGCAGAGCAGGAGAGCACCAGUGUGGGACAUGGGGCACAGGAGACCCCGAGAGCUCCCACACUGCCCCUGCCUGUGCCAGAAGCCCCCUCCAGCGAGCAGGGUGCUGGGCUCCGGUGCAAGCACAGGAGCGUGGGCUGGUGCUGGAGGGGCUCUGUGAGCUCCCACUGCUUCCCCUGUCCUCUAGGGCUUGAGAUGGGACGUGCUGGGCUUCAGUGGUGCUGCUGCUGCCCGGGAGGAGGGUGCUGGUGGGCCCUGGGUGCUGUGGGGGCCGGCACAGGGACGGUGC